AUGGCAGUUCAGUUUCACUGGAAAAUUCAUCAGUUGGAUGUAAGCAAUGCCUUUCUUCACGGUGACUUGCAAGAGAAGGUAUUUAUGACUCAACCUCCAGGCUUUGUGGAUCCUAAUAAACCGUCACAUAUACUUCUCUUUUUGUUCAGUAACCAAAUUACAGUAGCACUUGUCUAUGUUGAUGACAUUCUUCUCACAAGUGCUACUUCAGGUACUUUACUGGAUAAUCCUACAGAAUAUAGGUCUUUAGUUGGAGCUCUGCAAUGCCUUACUUGGACAAGGCCAGAUAUUGCUUUUGCAGUUAAUCUGGCUUUUCUGAUGCUGAUUGGGAAGGUAGUAUUGAUGACAGGAGGUCCACUGGAGGGUAUUGUAUCUUUCUGGGCUCUUCACUUCAACAUUCCUCAGAUUCCAAGAUUAAGCUGUGACAAUAUUAGUUCUCUGUCAUUGGCUGCAAAUCCUGUUAUGCACUCCCGAAUGAAGCAUGUUCACUUGGACUACCAUUUUAUUCAAGAGUUGGUUCAGUCCAAGUCUCUCGAUGUCUUUUAUGUUCAUACUUUGGACCAGCUUACAGAUAUCUUUAAUAAAGGUUUACACAGUCCUAGGUUGUCUGCUGAUGGGGUUGUCAGGGUCUACAAAUUGGAUAAUGUUCAGAGUCCAAGCUUCAAAUCAUUAAAAAUUCCCUUACCAGCUGGAGGACAAGCAACAGCAGUUGCUUUCUCUGAAGCGUCUGUUGUUGUGGCAGCUCAAUAUGGUUCUGGUUCAAAUUUAUAUCUGUAUGGUGAAGGAAAUUCAAAUACCGUGAAGCACAGAAAGCAUGAGCAACCCAAACUUCCUGGUCUUGAAAUGAAAUGGGUUCGCACGAAAGUCCAUCAGACAAUGGCUAUUGUGACUCUUGCUGGAACUACUGCCAGUUAUGACACUUCUGGCGGGAGUCCAUUUAUUGUUUCGUGUUCAGAAGGUAGUGAUAUCAUCCUUUGGAAUGGAAAGAGUGGGAAGAUUUUGGGAGCCACUGACACAGACCAGCUCAAAAACAGUAUGGCCACAAUAUCCCCCAAUGGGAAGUUAAUUGCCUCUGCAGCAGCUUCUUCGGCAGACGUGAAAAUAUGGGAGAUUAUAUUUACUAAGGCUGGUUCAGUAAAAGAAAUUACAGGAGUUAUGCAGCUGAAGGGUCACGAGAGUGCGGUGACUUGGUUAUGCUUUUCAUCUAAUUCAGAACAAAUCAUAACAGCAUCUAAAGAUGGUACCAUAAAAGUAUGGAAUAUUAAUGUUCGGUAUGAUUUUCAUCAAGACCCGCAGAUUGUAAAGGUGUUCCCAAUUCCACUUCAUGACUUAACAGGGGCCACCUUGCACUAUGAUCAUCUCGAUAUUUCGCCUGAUGGAAAAAUAUUGGCUGCCACCCAUGGUAGAAUACUACAAUGGCUAUGUGCUGAAACCGGAAAGGUUUUGAACACCGAUUAUGAGGCACAUGCUGGAAAAAUCAUGGCCAUUGCUUGGGCACCAAAGAAAAUUCGUGUGGGACGUGACCACAAGAUGGUUUUAGCCACAGCUGGUGCUGACAAGAGAGUGAAGAUUUGGGUGGUUCCAGUUGACCCACCACAUGAAAACGCCUAGGAUGCACAGUAGAUGGGCGUCAAACUUUCCAAUAUUCCCCUUAGAAACCAGAGCAACUGGAAGAAACAAAAGCUGCAGAAAUGGAAUGGGAAUGUUUUGUUUGAAGGGGAUUAUCAGAGUGUCAUCAUUGGUUCCCUUUCUAAAGGUGAAGUGGUACUGGCAUAUCUUGCAAUGUAGAUGCCUUCUUAACAGUAGACCUAGUUAGUUUUGUAAUUAUCUUAACAGCAUAGUUUAGCAAAAUGUAUAGCUGCUAAAACAGUUUUCAUCUUAACAACAUAGUUUACUUGGGAGUCGCCAUCUUAUCAUUUAUGUUCUGAACUUGUUAACACAUCGCCUAAUUCUAAGAAAUCGGUAUACUUCCCACAUGCCCAUUCUUCCUGGAUUUUAAAGAUUAGUAU